AUGAGGGACUUUUUAGUUGAAAUAGGUCUAAAAAGAGUUGAUGGCAUCUUGUUUCCCAAAGAUAGUCAAGGUAGACAUUUUGAAUCGUCACACUAUAAGCGGCUACUUGCAAAUGGGCAGAUAACUGAUAGAAGAUGGUUAGUGUAUUCCAUUUCUUUAGACAAGAUAUUUUAUUUUUGCUGCAAGUUGUUUAAAACAAAAAGAAUGAUGAAAAGUAUUGGCCAAUUGGGUAACGAGGGAUAUAAAGAUUGGCAUAAUAUGCAUCGUCGCCUUACAAAUCAUGAAGUGUCUAAGGAGCAUAUAAGCUGCAUGACUAGUUGGAUGGAACGAGAAAAUAGGCUUCAAACAAAGGAUACAAUUGAUAAAAGCAUACAAUUGGCCAUCAACAAAGAAAGAGAGCAUUGGAGACAAGUACUAACGAGGAUAAUUGCUAUUGUUAAACGACUUGCUAAAAAUACUUUGGCAUUUCGCGGAGAUUGUGAGCAACUUUACGUAGAGAACAAUGGACUUUUUUUGCAAAUGAUAGAAAUGGUUGCUGAAUUUGAUCCAAUAAUAAGAGAACACAUUCGACAUGCGAGUCAUGAGGAGCAAAUGUCUCUAGUAAUACGAUGUGUGGAUGAAUCAAUGGACUCUUCGAUGGUACAAGAAUAUUGUAUUGAAUUUUUGAAAGUGGACGAUACAUCGGGACUGGGAUUUUUCACUGAACUUACAAAUGUGUUAACGAAUCUUGAGUUUGAUGUUGACAAUAUAAGAGGUCAAGGGUAUGAUAAUGGAGCUAACAUGAGCGGGAGACAUAAAGGUGUACAAAAAAGGUUACUUGAAAUAAAUCCUAGAGCUUUCUAUACUCCAUGUGGUUGUCAUAGCCUGAAUCUAGCAUUAUGUGACAUGGCAAAUUGUUGUUCUAAAGCUAUGUCCUUCUUUGGAGUGAUACAACGCAUCUAUACAGUGUUCUCUUCUUCUCCCAAACGAUGGAAAAUUUUUAAAGAUAAGGUUGAAGGUCUAACACUUAAGCCAUUGUCUCAAACACGUUGGGAAAGUCAAGUGGAAAGUAUCAAACCUAUAAAAGAGCAAUCUGUACAAAUAAGAGACGCUUUACUUGACUUGGCAAACAUUGCUGAAGAUCCUAAAACAAAGAGUGAAGCUGAGUCAUUAGCAACAUAUGAACUUGAAAAUUUUGAGUUCUUACUUGGUAUGGUCAUUUGGUAUAAGUUGUUGCAUGCUUUCAAUACUAUGAGUAAAUUUUUUCAAGCAGAAAAUAUGGAUAUUGAUGAGGCCAUCAAGCUUUUAGAAGCACUUAUUUUGUUUCUCGAAAAUUAUAGAGAAUUUGGAUUUGCCAGUGCCAUGGAUGAAGCUAAACAAAUAGCAGUUGAAAUGGGAAUUGAAGCUGUUUUUCGAGAGAAACAUAAUAUUCGAAGAAAGAUGCAGUUUGAUGAAAGUGGCAGUGAAUAG